AUGUAAAUUACAGCCAAUAGAUGAUGUUGUUGAGUUGGGCUGGGAUUAGCGGAGGCGAAUGAGUUUCAAUUUUACUGGAUUACAGAACAAAGAAAGGGGAAAGGGGACACAGUCCACUGUUAAAGAAAAGAGAAAGAAUCGCGAAAAGAGAAAUAAAGGCGUACCGAUAUAGACACGUUGGACGUGGAGAUAGAUAAUGUGUCGAAUUCGGAAGACACAUGAAAUCGUCAACAUUAUUUUAUAGAUGGGAGUUUCACCAAGCAGUAACCAUUGGAUUAAACGGAGAAUAAACCUAUUCCGGGAUUGACGGCAUAAGGAAAUUAUAACGACAACAGAAGGAGAGCUCCUCCUCUGGAGUGCGGUGAAGAAGAAUGGCACAGAUGGGGAAGCCAGGAUGCGACGCCGUGCCGCCAAACUCGCGGGUGGACAUCCGGGUGCCUCAGGUGUCUGUCAGACAGGAGAUCCUCACCAGCCUGGUCUCCGCACUGGACUCGGUGUGCACAGCCAUGUCCAAGUUAAACGCUGAGGUGGCAUGCGUCACCGUCCAUGAGGACAGCGUAAUUGCCUUGGGGACAGAAAAGGGACGAGUCUUCCUCAACUCCCGGAAGGAAAUUCAGUCAGACUUUCAGAAAUUCUGCCGAGUGCCCUGUCUGCAAGCGCUGGCUGCGGUCAACUCCCACGGCAAAGUGGCCCGGGAGCAAGAGCCUUGCAGUGUCAUGAAAGACGCCGGCCAAGGGAAACAGCAGCAGAGAGCCUCAACAGAUGCUCACUCCAACAUCUUCGUCCUCCGCAAGAUGGUGGAGGAGGUGUUCAGCGUGCUUUAUAGUGAGGCUGUUGGGAAAAGCAGCCUGGUCCCUGUGCCUUAUGACCUGAUUUCAAAGGACCCCUCUUCAGUGGUUAUCCAUGGUUUGCCUGAUGGAAUCACACUACGGAAACCUGCAGAGUACGACACCAAGACCUUAAUGAAGAUACUGGAGCAAAGUAACCGCAUCCGCUUCUCUCUCAAAAGCAGAACAAUGGAAGAUGUGGUUCGAGACCCCAAGCCUAACGUGGAGAUGAACCACCACGCGGGCUCCAAGGCGGUCAGCAGUAGCCACGUGGCCACGAAGCCCUCUGGGCAAGAGGUGGCCAUCAACAACUCCAUGCUGCCAGGUUUUGUCUACGGCAUGCCCGUGUCCGCACAGCACCACCCAGACAGCAGCAAGGAGAUUAAGCCUGUGUCCCUACACAACCUGGGGAAGGAGUGCCUGGGCAUGUGGAUGGCAGCCCACGAGAAGGCCUCAGCCGCCAAGGACUGCACCGAUAGUGGUGAUCAAAUUACUUUGGCGGGAGACCUCAGCCAGUGCCCUCCCAGCAUCCACAUCUCUAAACGUCUGCUGUUCUCCAUUGUACAUGAAAAAUCAGAAAAAUGGGACUCCUUUAUCAGAGAAACAGAAGACAUAAACACACUACGGGAAUGUGUUCAGAUUCUUUUCAACAGUCGUUAUGCCGAGGCGCUGGGUUUGGACCACAUGGUUCCUGUUCCGUACCGGAAGAUCGCCUGCGACCCCGAGGCGGUGGAGAUUAUCGGCAUCCCGGACAAGAUUCCUUUCAAGAGGCCUUGCACCUACGGCGUUCCCAAGCUCAAGCGCAUUCUGGAGGAGCGCCACAAGGUCCGCUUCGUCGUUAAACGAAUGUUUGAUGAAAGGAUUUUCACAGCUGCUGGUAAGCUCUCAAAGGAGGAAGGUAAGCCUGACAUGGGCUGCUCUGUUGAGGAUGGUGUCUUCCCUGAGAACCUGAGAGUGCCCUCUACUGCCCUGGAGCUGUCCUGCAACGCCCAGAGCAGCAGACCCACAAGCUCUUGCGUUAGUCCCUUGGCAGACUGCGAAGCAGGACCUUCAGGAGACUGUGUACCCAUGAAGAAAAUCAAAACUGAACCACCAGAUGGGGAUAUAAUUCAGGUUACAGUACCAGAAACCACGGCUACUGCGGAAGAGCCGAGCGAGCCCCUGGCCGAGCCAGUGGCCCCAGAGCUGCGCAGCCCUGCGGAAGCCCACGCAGAUGAAGCGGUAUCCCAGAAAUCACCAGGCGAAGCACUAAAAAGAGUGGUUGAAGAAGACCUCGGCGAGAUGAUCCUUCAGCUCCGAAAACAAGUGGAGAAUCUCUUCAGCUCCAAAUACACUGAGGCCCUCGGCCUGCCUGAGCUCACGAAAGUGCCCUACUCCAAGUUCCAGAUGUAUCCCGAGGACCUGUACGUUACGGGCAUGCCUGAGGGCAUGGCCUUCAGAAGGCCCAACUGUUUCGGAGCCGCGAAGCUAAAAAAGAUUCUGGCAGCUGGAACCCACAUCCAGUUUGUCAUCAAAAGGCCUGAAUUGUUAAAUGACCCUGUAAAGCCUGAGGUUCCAAGUCGAAUACCAUGUGAUUCAGGUCCUGAGUCUAAAGAGUGUGGUGCAGAAGACCCAGGACCUGUCAAUAAGAGACCUGCAUUCACCGACAGCUUAGAGGCCAAGCUAUCUCGCAUUGACCUGGCCAACACUUUAAGGGAGCAAGUCCAGGACCUCUUCAACAGGAAGUAUGGCGAGGCGCUGGGCAUCAAGUACCCCGUCCAAGUGCCUUACAAGAGGAUCAAGAGCAACCCGGGCUCCGUCAUCAUCGAGGGCCUGCCGCCCGGCAUCCCCUUCCGCAAGCCCUGCACUUUUGGCUCCCAGAACCUCGAGAGGAUUCUGGCUGUGGCCGACAAGAUUAGAUUCACUAUCACCAGGCCUUUCCAGGGACUGAUCCCCAAACCAGCUCCUCGGAGGAUCACCUUAUUGAAGAAAGCUUAUGCCUCAAUAAGUGACGAUGAAGAAGUAAAUCGCAUGGGAGAGAAGGUCAUCCUGCGAGAGCAAGUGAAGGAGUUGUUCAACAAGAAAUAUGGUGAAGCUCUGGGCCUGGACCGCUCAGUUCUGGUACCGUACAAGUUGAUCCGUGCCAGCCCAGACUCGGUGGAGGUGUGUGGUCUCCCUGAUGACAUCCCCUUCCGGAAUCCAAACACCUACGACAUCGUUCGCUUGGAGAAAAUUCUACAAGCAAGAGAAGAAAUCGCCAUCACAAUCAAAAGCCAGCUCCAGCCCUUUGCAGAAAUUUGUACACAAGCUGAAAAUACAGAAGGGAAAGAAGUAUCUACUAAUCGGCGGAAGCGGAAGAGAGUUCUUGAAAACAAUCGUGCGUCUCUUCCAUCGGGUAGUGAAUCUACAGCAUCAACCAAUCAAAUACCUGUGAUGCAAUGGCCUAUGUACAUGGUGGACUACAGUGGUGUGAAUGUACAAGUACCAGGAAAAGUGAAGUACUGACUGAAUGGACGUUUUUGAUAAUCACCAUAAUAAACAUAACCCCUCCACUAUCAGCUUUACUAGAGUGCUGUGGCUUAACGACAAGUACAUUUUGCCCAUAUUGAGUGUGUCAAGGCUGGCGACUACCGGUAACAUUUGUCUGGUGCUAGAAAAGGAACACUACAUGAAGUUGCACAGUGGUUUGCCAGAUAAAUGCUUGUAUUUUAUUGUGUUUACCUAUUGGAAGGUUUCUGUGUGCUUCACUAAUCGCAAAGGGAUCAUGUUAACUCACUGAUACAGCUGUUGUUAAACAGAUAUGUGCAAAUUAACCCAUAAGGGAUAAAAACAUUCACUGUAUCAAAAACUUUUUUCUAGAAAAAAAAAUCCCCAAUGGUCUUUCUAAGCUAAGUAAUUUAACGCAGACAUGGAAGGGAUUCUUUUUUUCUACCCACACACUACAGUGCGUCAGAGGUAACCUAGACAAAACCUUUAUUGGUGCUAAAAGAUGUUAUUGACAGUCCAAUCUAACUGCAGUCAGAUAUUGGUGAUAUUAUUUAUUUAUUAUUUAUUGGCAGAUAAUGCUUAUACACAGGGAAUGUAAAACGACACAUGCAGUAUAAGAGAUCAUGCUGGGCAAAAAGACUGAACAUAUUACAAUAGCCACUGUAGGUAUACUGUAUGUAUAUUCACCAAGGUCAAGUCUUUUGAUUCAGGUAUGCAUAUACCCACUGUGGAGUAUUUUUAAGGUGACAACACCUUGCCGAGCUUUGACUGAGGUUUCUAACGAAGGUGUUCAUAGAACAUUAACACAAAAUACCAUUAAAAGUGUUUCAUCAUAUACAAAGUAAAUAUGAAUGUAAUGUAAUGUAAUGUAAAGGAAGGAGUGGCAUAAUGUUAACCCCUUAACAACUGUCUCUCUGGACUCACCGGUAUUUAUAUGCUGUACCUUAAUGCCAUUUAGGCCUUUGAAAUAAAAUGUGUUGCCUUGCAUUUUA